AUGUCACUACCAAGAGAGCAGUCACAGGAAAGCAAAUUCCAAAACUGGCAUGAAGUGUCAGUGGGUAUUUCCACGACUACCCACGGAAUGGUGGAUUAUCUAAAAGACACUUUGACAAAUCUCCACAGCAGUAUAAAGUUGGGGCCCUGUGCUGGACUGGGGAAGUGUAAUGAUAACUGCAGUAUACGAAGUUGGGACCUCUCUGAUUGGUGUCCCACAUGUACAGAAUGGCGGAAUCAGAUCUUAAAACACCACAGGUACAACACCAAGGAGGAUCAGAUACACUGGAGUAACGUGAACUCGUCAGAGUGGCCAGAGAGUGUGAACGAGAUGGUUAAGAUGUACGGUCCUUACUGGUGGAAGGGCACACCACACUAUACCUCUGACCUGGCUGUCAGUAUACACAUACUUAACAACUGUAACGCCUUCAGCAUCCCUGUGGAAGUGUGCCAGGCAGUACGGGGUGUGAGACAGGGCAGAUUACAUAUCAACAAACUCGAAAAAGACAAAGCGUUAAAGACAAUGAUACAGUUGUUAGAAUUACCAGAUGUAACAAACACUCGCUCUGGAAACCAUGCCUUAAAACUCAUGAUUCUGCUCACUAAGGUUCCUAAAACUACAGUACUGUAA